ACUGAGUCAGCGUGCCGAAGCUCUGCCGUAACCAACGGCUUGGAAUUGUCUGGGAAUAAUACAAGCCCACUGGACCAUUUCGAAAAUUUGUCUUUUGUAAAGGUGGACUUGACCGAAUCGAGGAAAUAUAAAGUAUUAACAAAAUCAUUAUGUGGUUCAGACGUGAAUCGUGGGAGCAGAGUGAACACUGAUGUGGAAUUUUAUUUUGGGCUGUCACGGUCUCAGGUAUUCGUCGUAAACAGGUGGUUGUUUCCCAGACGUGUUGGAUUUACACUGCAACGGUAUACAUUGCGUGUUACGAAGGAAACGUGAAAGCGUCCAGCAGGGCACCAGACGAACUGGUUGUGUUUUUAAAUACCACUGGAAGAUAACGAUACAACAACAACACCAUCUUUUUGAGAGAGAUACAUCGAGAAGAUAUUUAAACCACUCGGAAACUGGGCUAACUUGACCCUCUUGGGUCGGUGCUUUAUUGCUUGCCUAGAGUUGACAAUAUUCCUUCAAGCCAAAGAUGGAUUCAGCGGUUAGGAAGCUUGGAGUUAUUCUGGGAAUAUUUGUGCUCGCAGUGUCGGUUAGAACGCAACAAGCACCGUGUGAGUUCAACCCAUGCCAAAACAAUGCCAACUGUGAAAAUAAACCAGAUGGCCAGACCUUCUAUUGCGAGUGUCGACAGGGCUUUGAAGGGGAGACUUGUGAUCGACCGACAUUAACUCCACCGCGUUCCUCUUGCGACAUAAGUGGACAACGUUACUUUUACGGCCAGAAGAGGGGAUUCAUCACGUCACCCGGGUACCCAGGUCUCUACCCAAACAACCAAUACUGCUUGUUUUUCCUUGGCAUUAAGGACGCCAUCAAAUUUCGCCUGACAUUCCACGCCCUAGAUAUGGAAGAGUCUAAGGAUGCAGUGGAGAUUGGUACCGGACCCGUUGCCAUUGAAAAUUUUGUUGCAACGUACGACAAAGGGCUGUAUGACCCACCUCCAGCUCCACUGGAAAUCAUGGCAGACCGGAUAUGGAUUUUAUUCUCUUCUGACUUCAACAUACCGCGCAUUGGAUUCAACAUGAGCUGGAUUAUUGAUGGUGAUGAAUGUCUGAUUACUCCAUGUGCACAGGGGGAACUCUGUAUUGAUGGUGAAUAUAGCUACAGAUGUGAGAGUAUGAACGAGUGCGCCAGUUCUCCUUGUGCGAAUGGCUCCACCUGCGUCGAUGGUGUAGAGAAGUACACCUGCCAAUGCCCGCCAGAAUAUGAAGGGGUCAACUGCGAUAUCCUUAAGAACCCAUGUCAGAGUAACCCGUGUCUGAAUGGGGGAAACUGUAGAAAUGAACGCACAUUCUUCAUAUGUGAAUGCGUCAAUGGCUAUACAGGACCAACGUGUGGAGAAGACUUCAACGAAUGUGAAAGUUCGCCGUGCCUGAAUGGGGGAUUAUGUAACGACGAACGUAACCGGUAUUCCUGUGUCUGCAAUCCUGGAUAUGUCGGCAUCAAUUGUGACACAAAUGUGAAUGAAUGUUUUUCAAAUCCGUGCCAGAAUGGAGGCUUAUGCAACGAUCUUACUAAUUCAUUUACCUGCACCUGUGUUGCAGGAUUUGAUGGCCUAAGGUGCGAAAGAGAUAUAAAUGAGUGCAGCAGUUCGCCAUGUCUAAAUCAGGCAUCAUGUACAAAUUUGGUCAAUGAGUAUCGCUGUACAUGCCUGUCUGGGUUUACUGGUGAUCGAUGUGAGACAGAAAUUGACGAGUGCAUGCCAGACCCCUGCCAGAACGGAGCUACAUGUCUGGACCUCAUUGACAUGUAUCAGUGCCAGUGCGCCCCCGGAUACACGGACACCAUCUGUGGAACUGAUAUUAACGAGUGUUCCUCCAAUCCUUGCUUGAAUGGCCAAUGUGUUGAUCUACUGAAUGACUACAGGUGCGACUGUCGACCAGGCUACACCGGUUCAGACUGUAAUAUAGAAAUCGACGAAUGUGCAAGUUCCCCAUGUCUAAAUGGCAGUUCCUGUUUAGAUCAAGUCAACAUGUUCUUGUGUACCUGCCAUCCUGGUUAUACCGGCACACUGUGCAACAUAAACAUCAACGAGUGUGCGACCUUACCAUGCCAGAAUGGUGCAAUGUGCGUCGAUCUGAUCAACAACUAUCUCUGCCAGUGCCUAGGUGGAUACCAGGGAAGCAACUGUGAAUUUGAUAUUGAUGAAUGUGCCAGCAACCCAUGUGUGAACAAUGGUAUUUGCAGUCAAGGAGUCAAUAAUUAUGUCUGCUCAUGCCCCACUGGCUUUGCUGGUACAAGAUGUGAACUAGAUAUUCAGGAAUGCUCUAGCAAUCCCUGUCAGAAUGCAGGCGUCUGUACUGACGAGACCAACGGCUACAGGUGUAUCUGUCGGCAAGGCUGGACUGGAACCAACUGUGAACUCUCUAUCGAUGAAUGUCUGUCAGGCCCGUGUAAAAAUGGAGGUACAUGCAUCGAUGGACACCUCUCUUAUACCUGUAACUGUGUGGCCGGCUACAUUGGUGUCAGCUGUGAGAUAAAUAGCAGAGAGUGUGACAGUCAACCUUGCAGAAAUAACGGCAACUGCGUGGAUGACAUCAACUCCUUCACUUGUGAAUGUGCAAGCGGCUGGACUGGAAUCUUCUGUGAAACCAACAUAGAUGAAUGUACUAGCAGUCCAUGUUUUAACAGCGGCAUCUGUGUGGACGCUGUGAAUAGCUACAGCUGUAUCUGCCCAUCCGGCUGGGAGGGGACUCAGUGCAAUGUUGAUACCAAUGAGUGCAUGCUGACAGCUCUCAACCCCUGCAGUAAUGGAGGAACGUGUGUUGACCAGUUCAAUAGAUUUGUCUGCAUCUGCGUUGCUGGCUACACCGGCUCAACAUGUGACACAGAUAUUAAUGAGUGCCAGAGCAACCCUUGCCUCAACAACGGCAACUGUAAUAAUCUUCUGAACGCCUUCAGUUGUUUCUGUCCUCCUGGAUAUACAGGAAACAUGUGUGAGCUCGAGGAUAACCAGUGUGAUAAUGCACCAUGUGUAAACGGAGGAACGUGCGUCAACCGCAUCAGCUACUACACCUGCAGCUGCCCACCUGGGUUUAUGGGAGCUAACUGUGAACUUGAUUUUGAUGAGUGCACGGGGACGCCAUGUCAGAACAGCGGAACGUGUAAUAAUCUGGUUGGGACCUAUUCCUGUACCUGUGUAUCUGGCUGGACAGGCAACAACUGUGAAAUCAACGUUGAUGAAUGCGCAAGCAGUCCAUGCGUCAACGGGGGCACCUGCACGGACCUUGUCAACCGGUACCGCUGCACUUGCCCGCAGCAGUUCACCGGUAUCAACUGUGACACCGAGCUGAAUGCGUGCCAGCCUGUCAACCCCUGUCUCAAUCAGGGUACAUGUAAUAACUUCAACACGUACUACCGCUGCUCCUGCCUUGCGGGUUGGAUUGGAGACAACUGUGGAAUCGCAACGGAUGAAUGUGCAGUAAGUCCAUGUAGAAAUGGCGGUACGUGCAUUGAUGGCGUAGCAGAUUACUUCUGUGCGUGCCCUCCUGGAUAUACAGGCAAAAACUGCAACGAAAAUAUCAACGAUUGUAGCACCAACCUUUGCCAGAACGGAGGGACAUGCUUUGAUGGACUUAACAGCAUAACUUGUAGCUGUAGACCUGGGUUCACUGACACUUACUGUCAAACGAAUGUAAAUGAGUGUGCUUCGUUCCCAUGUCGAAAUGGCGGUACAUGCAACGACGGCAUCAAUUCCUACACCUGUAAUUGUGAACUGCAGUGGACUGGAACUAAUUGUGAAACCAAUCUGAAUGAAUGCACAAGCAACCCUUGCUUUAAUGGUGCGACUUGUAUCGACUCUCUUAAUUCGUUUAGUUGCACCUGUACACCUGGUUGGACUGGUCAAUUUUGUGAAAUGGAUUUUGACGAGUGCAUAAGCUCACCUUGUCGGAAUAGCGGAACCUGUGUCAACCAAUUCAGAGCUUACAUAUGUGCCUGUACUGCCGGAUGGACUGGCAAUAAUUGUGAUGCUUCGGUUGACGAGUGCGUGAGCAAUCCAUGCGGGAAUGGCGGCACAUGCCUGGAUAGAGUCAACAGCUAUCAAUGCGCGUGUGAUCCCGGCUGGAGUGGGUUGCGAUGUGAAAUAGAUGUGGAUGAAUGUUUGAGUGCACCUUGUCUCAACGGAGGUACCUGCCUGGACAGAGUGGCUAGCUAUUCCUGUCAGUGUCUGGACGGAUUCAGGGGACUCUUCUGUCAAAUAAAUAAUGAUGAGUGUAGCAACUCCCCUUGUGUGAACGGUGACUGCGAGGACCAGACUAAUGGUUUCAUUUGUACAUGCAGACCAGGCUGGACCGGUACCCUGUGCAAUAUAGAUAUUGAUGAGUGUGCGGAUGACCCAUGCCAGAAUGGAGGUAUCUGCACCAAUCAAGAAGCAACAUUCCUCUGUAGAUGCCAGCUAGGAUGGACUGGCAAACUAUGUGACAUGAAUGUGGACGAGUGUACCGACCAGGGUACUGGUGUUCCUGCGUGUAUGAACGGAGGAACCUGUCAGGAUCUUACAAACUCCUUCCGUUGUUUCUGCCCACCUGGAUACACUGGCUUCACCUGUCAAACUAAUAUUAAUGACUGCGCUUCCAGGCCGUGUUUGAAUCGUGGUCUGUGCAUUGAUGGUAUACAGAACUUCACCUGUACAUGUUUAAAUGGUUACAACGGAGAACGCUGUGAAAACAAUAUUGACGAGUGUAUAAGUAAUCCAUGCCAGAACAACGCUGACUGUAUUGACGGUAUUAACAGUUACCAGUGUAGAUGCAUCAGAGGCUUCAUUGGCAUCCACUGCCAGAACAAUGUAGAUGACUGCACAGUCAACCCAUGCCUCAAUGGUGGCAUUUGUAUUGAUGGUAUUGAUAGCUAUACAUGUCAGUGUGAACCAGGCUGGAGUGGAGAGAACUGCGGUGAUCGUGGUCAGUGUAUUGCAAACUACACCAUACCACAAAGUGGCUUCAUCGAUAUAGCGUCGCCCAACUACCCAGACAACUACCUGAGCAACGAGGAGUGUCAGUGGUUCAUCUUUGCUAGUCCCGGCAAGCACAUCCUCGUUCAGUUCAACAGCUUCCAGACAGAGAUGCAGUACGACUACGUUAGUAUCGGUAACGGUGAAGACCCCGCAGAUCUCGGGUCAAGGGUUGUCCAUUACGCGGGGAGGGACCUCCCGCCGGCUUUCUUGACGACGAACAACGUGGUGUGGGCCAAGUUUAGCUCGGAUGCCACUAAGACGGAGCAGGGGUUCACUAUUAGGUUGACAGAGGAGGACAAUGCAGAUCUCUUCAAUGAAUGUACAAGUGAUCCGUGUCUGAAUGGAGGAACGUGUGUCAACAGCGUAGGCCAGUACGUCUGUAUGUGCCAUCGUUAUUAUAAAGGCACUAACUGUCAAACUGCACUUGCUAAGAAUGAUUGUUCAUCAUCACCAUGCCCACAAGAAUCCACCUGUUUGGAUAUACCAGAAGGUUACGUCUGCAACUGCAAAGCAGGACUGGAAGAUUCCCGAUGCAGUACAGAAAACUUGGUUGACCGCAACGCCUGCAGCAGUAACCCUUGCGCCAACGGAGCGACAUGCAGGGAGGUUCAAGGUCUGUACGCUUGUAACUGCGACAUCGGAUGGGAGGGACUACACUGUAAUGUGGACUUUGAUGAGUGUCUGAGUGACCCGUGUCGUAAUGGUGGAACCUGCAUCAACAACCUGGCUCACUUUGUCUGUCAUUGCAUGCCGGACUUUGAGGGCCUUGUUUGCCAGAUUGAUACAUCAAGGGAUUUAUGCAAUCCCAACCCAUGCCAGAAUGGAGGAACGUGUGUCUUCACCAAUGACCAGUACAAGUGUCUCUGUAUGUCUGGAUAUUUGGGAGCAAACUGUGAACAAGAGUUAAAUGAGUGUGCAAGCUGCCCUUGUGUGAAUGGCUACCAGUGUCAGGAUCUCUUUAAUGCCUUCAGUUGUGACUGUCCAGUUGGUAUGGGACCACAGUGCCGUGGAGCGUUGGCGUGUCAGUCUAUGCCGUGCUCCAACCAGGGAACAUGUAUUGAGACACCUGAUGAUAACUAUCGUUGUAACUGCCCACCGGAUUGGACAGGCCCUGACUGCAAACAGGUUGCUGAUGACUCCUUGGUGUGCGAAACCAAUAUUUGCAGUAACAAUGGCAUCUGUAUCAAGGACAAUGGUGUAACUAUGUGUUCUUGUCCAUUGGGCUUCGCUGGGGAGAGAUGUGAAAUAGAGGUUAACAACGCCUGUGCAAGUAACAAGUGUGACGAAGGGCGAUGCCUUCCUGGUAGUAGGAAUAACUACACCUGCUUAUGUAAUCCUGGUUACUCUGGACUUUACUGUCACGAAGACACCGAUGAGUGCAACAGUAACCCAUGCCAGAAUAAUGGAAACUGCAAAAACUUGUUAAAUAGGUUCUCCUGUACAUGCCCUGUGGAUUAUACAGGAUUGACGUGUGAAAUACUUAUCGUACCCCCAGCCACACCAGCUCCUCUGACAAACCUAGAGUGGGAAUGGAUCGUCAUCCUUACAAUCCUGUCAGUCCUUGCCUUCAUAUUCAUCGUCAUUCUCUGUGCAUGCGGCUGCUUAUGGAGUCGGAACAAAAAGGAAUAAAGCGACCGCUCCAGCCUUCGGGACCUCUGUGUGGGUUUCGCUCCACAGACAAGCUUAAAGGCAGUGGACACUAUUGGUAAUUACUCAAAAAAAUUAUUAGCAUAACACCAUACUUGGUGGCAAGU